CAUUUCAGAUUGUUCUAAAAAUCAAAACCCAGAUCUUUCAGUUUCCAUCUCCCGCUGUUCCAGUUCGGGUUCGCAAGCUUCAGCUGCUGUUUCUCUCUCUCUCUUUCCAUCGCAAGCUUUAGAUCUCUCUCUCUCUUUCCAUCGCAAGCUCUCCAAGAAUGUUCAAAAAAUCAAAAUCCAGAUCUCUCUCUCUCUCCAUCGUAAGCUUCAGCCGCUGACUGCUAAAUUGUAUGUAUGGGCAGAGAGAGAAAGAGAAAGAAGAGUGAGAAAGAGGAGGAGGAGAUAAAAAGAAGAAAUAGAUUUUUUUUUUUUUUUUUUUUUUCGAGUUUCGAGUUGGGUUCGGGUUGAGUCUGAGACUAACUCAAAUAUGUCUUGAUUUUGACAAAACCCAACCCAAACAUGAAUCCGAUUUGUGAAUUAUAUGUCAAAAUUUCAAAAUCUCUGAUCGGGGUUGGGCUGGGCUGGAUUAGUCCGUGCAAGUUGCAUCCAUGCUAUUAAUAGAAGAAAAUAAUUACCAUUUGUUUUGGCAGGCGAGAAAUUUUUUGAAAUAUCGGAAGUUUUGGCUACUUAUUUUUUUUUUAGGUAAAAAGUUUUGGCUACGCUGGAUAAAUAAACUUUCAAUUUUCGUUGAAGGCUAUAAAAAGUGGGUGUCAAGUUAGAGGACAGAUCGUUGAAAAAUACGGUAAAAGAUUUCUCUCGUUCAAUCACAUUGGGAUCAAAGCGUCCUGCAAUCUAGGGUUCCCCAAAUCCCCUCGCUCUAACACAUUUCUUGACUGUCUCUCUUCUGUCUGUUGAUCGUCUCCUGAUCGAAGAAGGUGCAUAUAAUAGCAUCGGUAAUGACGAUUCCUGAACCGGGUUGUAUGAUGGAGAAUGAAGCAAUUGGAUUGCCGUGCACACCGGAGGAAGAAAAACGGAUCGUAACGGAGUUAGCCAGCAAGGCAGAGUCGAACUUAAUUGAAGGCAACUUGUACUAUGUCAUUUCCAACAGGUGGUUCACAGGCUGGCAGAGAUACACUGGGCAAGACAUUGGUGGUUAUUCAUAUGAUGAACAUUCUACUGAUUCACAGUCUUCUACUCUGUCAAAGACAGCUGAUAAACCAGGUCCAAUUGACAAUAUGGACAUAGUUUCAAAUGGAAGUGACUGUGAGGGUGAUGAUCUACAGCUUCUUAGAACAAUGGAGGAAGGACAUCAUUAUGUUUUAGUACCACAAGAUGUUUGGGAGAAGCUCUUGCAUUGGUAUUCAGGAGGACCGGCAUUACCAAGGAAGUUGAUUUCUCGGGGUGUUCAAAAGGCGUUCAUAGUGGAAGUUUACCCUCUAUGCCUGAAAUUAAUUGAUUCAAGAGAUAACAGCCAAUUAGUUAUAAGGUUGAGUAGAAAGGCUUCAUUACAUGAGCUUUAUGAGAGAGUGUGCGCACUUAAAGGGAUAGAGUUGGAGAAGGCACGUAUCUGGGACUUCUUUAAUAAACGGAAACACACAAUAUUAGUGGAUUCAAGCCAAUCCCUGGAGGAAUCUAACUUGCAGAUGGACCAAGAUAUUCUUCUCGAGGCGGAAGUUGAUGGAUUUAAGCCCUCUAGAUUUGGCAUGGAUUCAACUGGAAAUGAGUUAGCCUUGGUUCCAAUAGAACCGUUGAGAUCAUCUACAACAAUUGCUGGGGGCCCAACAUCAUCCAACGGUUAUUCAACUGGUUACAGUUCCAAUUUUAUUCAGGGAAGUACUUUUAGUUCACCAAUUUCAGAUUUGGAGGACGGAUUUUUAAAGCCUAUAGCUAGAGGAGAUAGGGGAGGUUUGGCAGGAUUGCAGAAUUUGGGAAAUACUUGUUUUAUGAAUAGUGCCAUUCAAUGUUUAGUCCAUACACCACCCCUUGUUGAGUACUUCUUGCAAGAUUACAGUGAUGAGAUCAACAAGCAAAAUCCUUUAGGAAUGCAUGGUGAGCUUGCAGUUGCAUUUGGUGACUUAUUGAGGAAACUCUGGUCCUCUGGGCGGGUGCCAAUUGCACCUCGUGCAUUUAAGGGAAAACUUGCUCGAUUUGCUCCCCAAUUUAGUGGAUAUAAUCAGCAUGAUUCUCAAGAACUCCUUGCCUUCUUGCUGGAUGGGCUGCAUGAAGAUUUGAAUCGCGUUAAGCAAAAGCCUUACAUUGAAACAAAAGAUUACGAUGGUUGUGCCGAUGAGGAAGUUGCAGAUGAGUGUUGGAGAUAUCACAAGGCCCGCAAUGACUCUGUAAUUGUGGAUGUUUGCCAAGGUCAAUAUAAGUCAACAUUGGUCUGUCCGGUUUGCGAAAAAAUUUCAAUAACAUUUGAUCCCUUCAUGUACUUAUCAUUGCCGCUGCCAUCGACGGUUACUCGGACAAUGACAAUAACUGUCUUUUAUGGUGAUGGGAGUGGUCUUCCGAUGCCGUUCACUGUUACUGUCCUAAAACAUGGUUGCUCUAAAGAUCUUAUUCAGACUUUGAGUACUGCAUGCUGUUUAAAGAGUGAUGAAUGCCUGUUGCUUGCAGAGGUCUAUGAUCAUCGAAUAUAUCGAUACUUGGAGAUCCCUUUGGAGCCAUUGUCGUCUAUAAAAGAUGAGGAACAUAUUGUGGCAUACAGACUUCCAAAAAAUCAUGCAGAAUUAACGAGACUGGAGAUAUGUCAUCGAUACCUAGAUGACUGUAUGUCAGAGAAUUUGAAGGGCUUUGAGAGGAAGUCCUUUUUGACACCACUGAUUACGUAUUUAGAAGGCCCACACACUGGAGCUGAUAUCAAUCUUGCUGUUAGUAGAAUUUUGUCACCAUUGAGAAGAAAGACAUAUUUUAGUUCAACUAAGAUCCAUAGUAGCAAGGAAAAUGGAUCCAUCUCAGAAGGUGUUGAUGAACCAACGAACAGGUCUGAUAACCAGUCUGUAUCUCAGUGCCAGUCAAUGUGCAACAUGGAAAUGGAAGAAAUGUCCAGUAGAAAGUUGUCCUUUCACCUCUGCUUAGCAGAUGAGAGGGGCUUGAGCUGUAAGCCAAUUGAUAAGGAUUCCCUCAUAAGACCCAGUAAACUGGUGAAAGUUAUGCUGGAUUGGACUGAUAAAGAACAUGAGUUGUAUGAUGCCAGCUACCUGAAGGAUCUCCCUGAAGUUCACAAGUCAGGUGUUACCACGAAGAAAACCCGGCAGGAAGUUGUCUCUUUAUUUUCAUGUUUGGAUGCAUUCUUAAAGGAGGAACCUUUAGGGCCCGAUGAUAUGUGGUAUUGCCCACGGUGCAAGGAACACAGGCAAGCCACUAAGAAGUUAGACUUGUGGAGGCUUCCGGACAUACUUGUUUUUCACUUGAAACGAUUCUCAUACAGCCGGUACCUGAAGAACAAACUUGAUACCUUUGUAAAUUUCCCCAUUCUCAAUCUUGAUUUAAGCAAAUAUGUGAAGAGUAAAGAUGCAUCCACACGAUCUCAUGUAUAUGAGCUAUAUGCCAUUAGCAAUCAUUAUGGUGGCUUAGGUGGCGGUCACUACUCUGCUUAUGCUAAGUCAAUUGAUGAGAACAGAUGGUAUCACUUUGAUGAUGCCCACGUUUCACCAGUUGGUGAAGCUGAUAUCAAGACAUCAGCUGCUUAUGUAUUGUUUUUCCAAAGAGUUAAAGCUGAACCGAACAUAGGAGUGGGAGAGUCAUCCCAGGUGAAUGUGAAUUCUUGAAGGCUGAGAUCUGUUGUAUGCAUUUUGGUAUUGCAUGGUUCAUGGCGCUCUUGCUAUCCAUUUUGGAGGGAAGGUUGACUUGGUAAAAAAAAACCACAUUUUUGGUCAACCAUGGUGUUUUUUAUUUGAUGAUCUAAACCUGCGGGUUUGGGCUGAAGACAAGGGAAAUGUGGACAGUGGCAUUUGGACAAAAAUCAAUCGUCAGGGAGGGGUUAGAGUCAGUUACUUGGCAUUUAGGAAGAGAAGAAAUUACCUGGCAAACAUGGCAAGAGGAUGAGGGUUAGAUUUAUUCAAAAUAGUAUUUUUUAUUUUUAUUUUUAUGAUUUUUGAAAGAUUCUUUUUAUUUUUUUAAUGGCAUUCAGGUAGUUGACGGAUUCCUGAAUAUUCUUUUCUGUGGAUCCUUUUCAUUGUAGAGUGUUGGUACCCAUAUCUCACAAAGUACAUUAUGCAGCUUCUUGUUUCACACCCUUCUCUCUAUAGUUGAAUGGAGGAGGGUAUGGUUUAAACAGCAUUUCACUACUGCUACUGUCAUUUAUUUUUGUUGUGAAACUUAUAGUUUGUGGGUUAAUGUACGAGUGUUGUAAUGAUUGCAGUUA